UGUUAGGCGUGAUUCAGUAAAACUGCUGCGUAACAUCUUAAAAUAGUCGGUUAUCGCUAAGUAUACAUUCAUAAUCAUAUAAGAAGCAAUGGCUUCUCUUCUGGUGAUCGUUGGAGAACCAUUUGAUGAAGAAAAUAAAAGUCUUAUCGUUCAACAGAUUGUAAAAGGGUUUCAAUGUUGGGAUGCAGAGACGGCCGGCUGCGAUGUUAACGAGGAACUUCAGGUGUUUGCGUUGAAGGACAUUGCAGGUGAAAAGUCAGACUCAGGUGAAUUGGUGCUUUCGCACAAGAGCGAUCACCUGACAGUGGAGGUUAUACUGCAGGCAGGGAUGAAGGCCGCAAAGCAGGGCAUCAAGGACUUGCUGAUGGCUGCCAGCCAUUAUAAGUACAUUGUCUUCUCAGGAUUUGUGUUCCAGGGCUCAGGGGCGUGGAUUUUGUCGGACGGAGCAUUCGCCAUCGAUGACUUUGCCGGUGUAAUAGCUGAUGCCGAGGUGGCGAAGGCGCUGCAGCAGCAGCAGGACGCCGUCGUCAGCGUAAACAGUGUGAGGGAGGGCGACUGGAGCAACGCGGGCGCGGCGCGCAAUGGCCUCACGAAGAAACUCAACCUCUCCGUGAACAGCGACGCCGCCUCGCUCCCAGCCGCAUCCCCCGGCGUCGCAGCCGCCGCCGCGACCGCCGGCGACCGCCUCCAGGUAGCGCCGCUCGUCGAGCUGCUGGCGGCGUCGAGCGUCGUCGGCAGCGUGCGCUUCAGCCGGCCGUGCGUCUACGUGUUCCCGGGCGGCGACGGCGACGCCGCGCUGUUCGGCGUUGCAGGGUUCACGAUGCUCGUCGACGGCGGGUUCUCGCGCGACGCCUGCUUCUGGAACUUUGCGCGCCACCUCGAUCGCGUCGACGCCGUCCUCGCGACGCGCGCCGCCCCUGACAACGUCUUCGGGCUGCGCGCGGCGUUCCGACGCAAGGCGGAGGCGGCGGAAGGAGGGGAGGGCAUCUACCCACACGUCGGAUGCCUCUUCGCGAACGCGCCGGAGAAACGAGCCGUUCCGGAACCGCGGGGGGACCUCAUUGUGAGCGUCGCAGCGGAGGUCGCACGCACGCUGGAGUUUGCGCGCCGCGCCGGCGUGCUGCGUCCGAUGCCCACCGCGCGCGCCGCCGCCACCGCGGAACCGACGCGGCUCUACCACAAGGUCGGGCACGGAACCCUCCACAUGUACGUGCUCAACCCCGUUCGCGACAGCCGGGAGCUGCGGGACUACCUCGCGCAUUGGGGAAGCGAGAAGAAAGGCCGGGCGGCGACGGCAGACGCGGCGUCCAUCGCCGCACUCCUCGUAUGGCUUCCCGCUUCGCCCGACGACAGCAUCACACGCAUCCUCUUUCCCGGAGUGUGCCCCCAGGAGAAGCUCUUCGACGGGCUCGACCGCCUCAAGGGCCUCGACUUCCUCCAGCACGCAGAGUGCACGGAGAACUCGCUGCGGGCGGCCGGGAGGGGGAAGGGCGGCGCGGCGGCGGGGGUGAAGGGAGGAGUAGCGGGGAGGGCCCCGCCCGCUCGCCCGUCGUCGUCCGCUAGCGGCAGGUCUGCGAGGUCGUCCGGGGUCGCGAAUGGAGCCGCCUCCGCCACCGCCGCCGCGGGCAAGCGCACACCGCCGUCCCCGAAGAAGAAACCCCUUUCCUCCUCCUUCACGGCGGCGACAGCUUCCCCGAAGCGGUCGACGCCGACUACGCCGACUACGCCGAAGGGAGGUGCAAGGGCGGGUAGGACGGAGGUGGGGAGUCCCGGGAAGAAGGCGGGAGGAGGGGGAGGGGCGCGGUCCGGGGAGGUUUCCCCGAGGAAGGCGAAGAAGACUUCUCCGGUCGAGGAGCGUGCCGGGAAGCCCUCGCCGAUAAAGGAAGCCGGGAAAACCACCCCGAUAGAGGGAGCUGGAAAGACAACCCCAGUUGAGGAUGACAUCGGGAAAACAACCCCAGACGAAGAUCACAUCGGGAAACCAUCCCCAGUCGAGGAUAACAUCGGGAAAACCAGUCCAGUUGAUGAUGAGAUCAUGAAAACAACCCCGGUUGAGGAUAACAUCGAGGAUGAAAUCGGAAAAACCAUCCCAGUCGAGGGAACCGGGAUGACCACCCCGGUCGAAAACGACGUGAUGAAAACCGUCGCCGUCGCCGUGGAGCCGGCUGCAGCGCGGGCGGGCGGGGGAGACGCCGUGCUCUCUCCCGACCAGGCCAACUACGACGCGAUGGAAGCAGCGAUCCUCGGCUCCGACGAGCCGAUGGGGGUCCCCGCGCCCGGCCCUGCCGCUCGCACCUCCGCCGCCAGGAAGGACGCGGAGCGUUCCCCGGCGAAAGCCGCAGCGCGAUCCGGCGCCGCCACAUCGUCGACGAAAUCUUCCUCCGUCAAGUCCGACUCGAGUCUCCGGCGGCAGGCGUCGCCGCCGAAGCGUCCGACGUCGCUCCACAAGGCGGCGGCGCCACCGCCGGCGUCGUCGCGGCGCGCGGCGCCGUCGAAGCCGGUGGUGCCGGUCUACGUCGACCUCGCGUACGUUCCAGCGCGCGGCGGCGGCGACGUCGACUUCUUCCGGCGCGUUCGCGCGCGAUACUACGUGCUGAGCUGCCGCAGCCCGUCGAUGGAGAUGCUCGGCCGCCUCCUGGAGGGGAAGGCGACGCCGGCGACGGUGGUGCCGACCUACGACGACGUGGAGGCGCUCGGCUACUGGCUCGCGCUGCGUGCGGACGAGAUGUCGCGGCUGAGCGUCGAGCUGGCCCCUGCCGCCGCGCGAUGCACCGUCAACCUGCAGGACCACGAGACCUCCUGCCGCGCAUUCAGGCUCGAGUUCUAAUUUCUGAGUGGGAGCGGGCGUUAAGGCUCGAGUUCUAAGUCAUGCCGCGCGUUCAGGCUCCAGUUCUAAUUUCUGAGCGCGAGCGGGCGUUCAGUCUCCAGUUCUAAUUUCUGAGCGCGAGCGGGCGUUCAGUCUCCAGUUCUAAUUUCUGAGCGCGAGCGGGCGUUCAGUCUCCAGUUCUAAUUUCUGAGCGCGAGCGGGCGUUCAGGCUCGAGUUCUAAGUUCUGAGCGGGCGUUCAGGCUCGAGUUCUAAGUUCUGAGCGGGCGUUCAGGAUCGAGUUCCAAGUUCUGAGCGGGAGAUCAGGCUCGAGUUCUAAGUUCUGAGCGGGCGUUCAGGUUCGAGUUCUAAGUUCUGAGCGGGCGUUCAGGAUCGAGUUCCAAGUUCUGAGCGGGCGUUCAGGAUCGAGUUCCAAGUUCUGAGCGGGCGUUCAGGAUCGAGUUCCAAGUUCUGAGCAGGCGUUCAGGAUCGAGUUCUAAGUUCUGAGCGGGCGUUCAGGAUCGAGUUCCAAGUUCUGAGCGGGAGAUCAGGCUCGAGUUCUGAGCACGAGCGGGUGGUGGCGGCGCGUCGGGCCGACGGGCAGUGGCGGCUGUGGUUUGAGUCGUGAGUGCGCACGCGGCGGGCGUGGCACACGGCGGGCCAACAGGCAGCCGCGCCGCCGAUUUGCUUCCAAGUCUUUUUUUAAUUAACGAGACCGCUCGACGUGAUUGGCCGGCGGCUCUAGCCAAUCGGCUUCGCGAUCGGAGCGUGCUAAGCGACGACACGUAAACGAUGCUUCGCUUUCGAGUCUCUCAUUCGUCGUUGCGCGCUCGGCUUUAGCUCGUUAUUGUCGCGCGAGCGCACGCAUUGCCCGCAUAACCGCGUCCACUAGGUGUCGUCUCCGCUGCGCCGCGAUGUUAACCUGAUCGUCGAGUUAUCUCGAGUGUCGUCGCUCUUAUUAUAUGGGUCAGUGUUUGUCAGUGCACAGUGAGAGUGAUUGACAGCGAUGCUAGCUAGCUUCGUCGUGUGUGGGCACUUGCCUGUAAAAGAGGAUCACUCACCGAUUACUGUAUACGCGAUAUUUUUCGCGUACAGAUAUUUUCGCGAAUUCAGACUUGCCUGACAAUUUCGCGGUCGGUGAUUUAUGAAUUGUUCGGUAUUAUUCGGUAUGAAUUAUUCGCGUGUUGCCAUUUUCGCGGUCGUGGACGCGUGCCCGAAAUUCGCUAAGAUUAAAAUUCCCCGCGAAAUAUAUAGCGUAUACAGAAGUGUGUGUGGCACGUGCUUCGUUCCAAUAAACCGCGUGUAGAACCGACAACCACGUCAAUCUUUAUUGCUGACUUAUUUAGCGAAGGCAUCUAGAAAUGGACAGAUAAGUAAUGGUGAGACAACGCAUAACAGCUGUAAGUAGUGGUCAGACAACGUAGUGGGAUUACGCUCUUGUUUGACUGGGUAUCGAAAUCGGAAUCAUGUCAGAGGCUUCUGUUAAUUUGAUCGCGUGGCGCCAUCUGCUGGGAUGCCAACCACUACGAUUUAUCCGUAUUUUAUACGAAUUUCUA